GACGGGGUCUGGAGAGGCUUUGUCGGUCAGGUGGGCGACCCUGGAACCAACAUCGGCCACCUGGUGGGGCUAGUUUGGCGGGUGGCAAGGAAACACGUGUUCUUAGCCAAUGGCGGUUUGGAGGCAGACUUCCAAGAUAUCGAACCGUGGGACUUCACUCGGAAUCCUGGCCAAGCUGCAGCACCAGCAAGUCCACCCAAGGCAUCAUCAGUCAAGGAGAACGUUUUGAAGAUGGCCAGCCUAGUGGAUCAGACGGAUGAAUCUGAACUGUUGCCGGCUAGCAUGGACAAGGUGCAGGAGUGGACGCAGAGGUACAUCACGUUGAUGAGAGCACCUCCAGAAGAGGAGGAGGAGGCGACAGAUGCCCAGCUUGCAGUACUCCACAAACGGACUGUGGUGCUGGGACACCCUCCUUACGUGGAUUUCUCAGUUUGGACGCCGUUUGGAAGACGUUCGCUUAGGUCCCAAAAGUUCAGGACUUAUGUACCCCUUGGUGAUGGCUCCUACAUCAUCAAGGAGCUGCCGGGCCCACAGAAUUUGACUCAGUGGAUGGCGUGCUGGAGGGUUUUCAAAGUGGCGGCAUUGGCACUGGGCAUAGUCAGCCUGGCAGCGUUGCAACAGUACGAGAAGGCCAUUGAGAAGCUGACAUUGCAAUGGCCGUUGGCUUGGGGCUUGAUAGUUUUGGCAGAUGAUAAAGGUCGUGCCGAACGUUUGGAGAAGAUCAGGCGCAAUGUCAUGAUCGACCAGCAGGCGGGCAGGGUGCUACCUUUGGAUUGGGACGAACAAAAUCCUUGGUCGGCCUGCUUCAAGAUGCUGGCCAAGGACGAGCAAUAUUGGUCAGAACAAGUUAGGCAUCCUGCAGCAGCAUGGACGGCGGCAGGGAGUCAUGGAGUACCUGUAGCGCCGGCUGAAGCCAUAGCUGCAACUCAUGUGGUUGGGGGCUCGGACGUGUUGCAGGCGCCCAAAGAAGAAAAGGAUGAGAGGAGGCGUCAAGCAAACAGAGACAAGCGGUCAGCUCGUAAGAGGAGGCAAUGGGAAGACCGAGAAGAGCUGUGCAAGUUGAAGAGCCAGAGAUCGGACUCGGACAAGGGUCAGGGCAAAGGACAGAACCAAGGCAAGGGGAAGUCAAAAGACAAAACAGGAGCAGAAAUAUGCUUCUCAUGGGCGCAGGCCAAAGGCACGUGCGCUGAUGUACCCGUAGGGAUGGAGGAAGACAACGUGGACUGGGACCCUGAUGACGUCAGUGUCAUCCAGGGCGAAUGGCAUCCUCAGGCGCUUGAGCUGCUGCGGUCGACGGGGGACUUUGCAAAGUAUAAGGAGUCCCGGACCUUCAGGUUUGUGCACUUGUUCAGCGGGGCCAGGGACGUGCUGAAGCCGGCGUUGGAGAAGGCAGCAGCCAAGGAGGGGUUGCGCAUCAAGGUGGAGUCCUACGACAGGGACGGGCCGCAGAAGCAGAACCUGGCAGAUGAUAGGCCGUACAUGGACUUGCUGGAGACGGUCGACACCAUUGAUGGAAUGCACGCCGGGUUUCCAUGCGGAAGCUUCAGCAUGGUGCGCAACAGGCCGGGGGGCCCACCGCCGGUAAGGAGCCGGGAGUUUCCCUAUGGCCUCCCGACGAAUGAUGUCUUGCAGCAGAAGGAGGCAGACACCGGCACAGUUCUGGCAGUUCGGUCAUCCAUGUUGGCCUCCAAGGUGUUGGACAACCACCGCAAGAGGAAGGUGGGCGAGGUGGCAACAUUAGAAAAUCCACCGGGCUCAGAGGCCGGCCAAGACUGCCCUGCAUGGCUUCUUCCAGAGAUCGUGGACUUCCUGAAGGUUUACCAAGCACAAAAUGCAUUUUUCAACUCGUGCAUUUACAUGCAGGGCAAGCACCGAUGGCUUAAGCCAGCACGCUGGUCGGGUCGACUGCAGGACCUUGAAGAGCUGGCUGGAAAGUGCGCCUGUCCAUCAUGGGUGGUCCACGAGAUGCUGAGGGGCAAGGACAAGACAUCAGCUGCGGCAGAGUACCCUGCAGCUCUGGCAGAGCGCUAUGCCAACUUGGUCAUCAAGGUCUUCAAGCAGAACCUGCAGUUGGAGUUCUGGAGGUAUAAGCUGCAGACCAAGGAAGGCGAGGUGAACAAGCUGCAGAAGAACUGGGUGAAGAGCAGGGAGGCUAGAACGCCACCUCCCCCCAGCGCAGAAGGAAUGGCAUCAUCAUCGAAAAGAGCCUGGCAGGUCGGGGACAUAUCCAAGGACUUGAUCCCCCGGCCAGAUUUGAUGUCCAAGAAGCAGCGCAAGGAGAGCAUUCCGCACUACGCCUCCAAGUGGGGGAUGCGGGCUUGGAUGCAGCGCUGUCUGCAGCGCCCCCCAGAACACCUCGACGUCACCAGUGGGCAAGCCAUGUCGGCUACCUGUCGACGUCGGGUGCGCUGUCACUCCGCCGUGCCGCUGCUUGUUGCUCCGCGGCGCUGGGAGAUGCUGCGCUUGCGUAUAGAUGGAGCACGUGAGAUUUUGAUUUCGAGGCUGCAGCAGUUUCUUGCAGGAAUUGAUGCCUGGCUUUUGCAGUCGCCUCUGUGCCAAAAACACCUGAAGUUGCGUUUCAAUGUGCUGCAACGUCCAGCCCUCAGAUUGCCAACGCCAUGGAUUCGCAAUGCGCACAACCAGCCGGUCCAAGGGGAUUGGUACAAGGGGUCGAGCGAUGAUUACGACUAUGGUUAUUGGAAUUACGAGAUCGCGCGCGGUCCGCCUAUCAGUGCUGUCAACCCUUGUGAAUGGUCAAUGGCCAUCAAACUGGGGCAAAAGAAUGCUUACAUUCAACAAGUUGGUGACGGGAAACAGAGUGAGUACAACUUGGUGUGUGUUCGAAGCCUUGAUGAUUUAUUGGAAAUCCAAGACAUGAGAAAAGCCAUGGAAUGUCUGUCUCCUUUAUCUGUUUUGAUUGAUGGUAAAGUUUCAUUGGCUGAAGGUCGGCAUGUGAAGGUGUCAGUUAAACGUGGCCCAAAUAGAAUGAAACUUGAAGAAAUGACUUUUGCUUGCCUUGGUUUGGCUUCUUUGGCUCCCAAACCUAGGGAUCCCAAAACUAUCAAUCUUCAGAAAUAUCAGCCUGAUCCCAAAGUCUCCAUCCGGGUCUGCGCUCCUGCUCAGUAUCGAGAGGCCUUUUUGCCACAAGGGGAAUGGGACAAAGCGAAGUCCAUUUUGACCGAAAUGGCCAACUGGCAAGUGACGCCCGUGUCAACCCUUGUCGGCGGAACAUGGCAAUGGAAAAAAGUAGGCAAGUGCCAUACUCUUGUCGGCCACCUUCGUGUGAGCCCUAAGGUGGCUGCUGCUCUUGAAUCUCAAAGCGGAAAGCGGGCGAUAUUUGUCACAACUACUGGGGUUGGGCGCCGUCCUGAAAAGGUCAAAUGGCUGCUCAAAGCGGCUUCCAUGACUUGUGAUAAUUAUCUCCGGGAAAGCAUGAAUGAGGCCAUUGCUCGUGGCCAAUCCUUGAAAUUUCGGAUGGGUGGAGGUUCGGAUAUUGGUAUCCUGUAUCUUCCCACUGAUAGCAUACCCAAAAAGAAUAUCCACGUUCAUAUUGACGGUGUCCCGAGAAGUUGGGACGCCACGCAUGUCACGACUUUCAUGGAAGAACAAGGGUGGGAACAAGUUGUGCCCAUCACCUGGAGAAAUUUCCGUCGCCAGGUCAAAUGGAUUUUGAAAGCUCAGCCUCCUGAUGAUCCUUAUGAUCAAACCAAUUCCAAUUGCACUUGGCAUUAUGUGGACGAUGUUGACCAAAGUUUAGAAAUCCAUGUCACUAAGGCGGAGGGUCGGUUUCCUAAGCCUCAGCAUGUGCAGCCUGCCACUCCUCCAAAGCGCAGGUUCGAAACACAGAAACGAACUCAUGCGGAUCAUGAAGUUCUUGAUACACAGAUGGAUGAACCUGAAAACAGUGAAGAAGAUGAAGAGGCCGUUGAGGGUGAUGGCAACGGCCAAGAGAAAGAACGCCCCAGAAGCCGAAGCCCAGCUAGGGUUAAGCCGAAAAAGUUGAACUUCAAAGAAACCACGGAAAUGAUCAAACCGGAAUGGGAUGAAGUUGCUGAUCUUAUUAACAACAAAGGUUUUGAAGAAGUUGAUUUUGGGGGAAACGGAGAUUGCGGAUUCAGGGCCAUUGGCUGCGCCUUGGAUUACUACAAAGAUCCUACCCAAGUCAGGACGCCAGAACAAUGCCAACGUGCUGGCGCCAAACUCAGAAGUCAGGUGGUGACCCACUGCCGCAAACAUGAAAAGAGCUUCCUUCCCUUUUUCGCCCCUGAUCCUGAAACCGCUAACGAGGAUCCUACUUUGCAAUCACAAUCCUCGUUUCAAGAUUGGCUCGAUGCUAUGGGUCGACCUCGAACCUGGAUUGAUGGGGUCGCACUGAGGGCCCUGUCCAUCAAAACGGGUCAUGUGAUUGUAAUUUGGAAGAAGGAAAACAAGAAGGCGCCGUGGCGGCGUACCACGUUGGCUCCUACCUUUGACCAAGGAUGGGCCAAAGCUGCUAAGGGAACCCAGCCAAUUGCUGUCCUUUUGAAGGAUGAUCACUACACUUGGCUCAAACCUCCACAAAAAGAGACCGUGCCCAAUGCAUGGUUAAAAGAAACGGUUUUUCCUGCCAGACAUGACCUUCAAGGUUGUUUGCUUGCUUGCAGUGCUGUCACUCGUGCGGUCCAUGCCGCAAUGGAAAAAGUGUCUGAUCCUGAUUUUGCCCCUACGGCAUUGACAGUAGAAGAGGACGCCGAAAGACUGGAAACUCCAGACGAAUUCGAUGUAGUUUGUCUUCAGGAAGCCAACAUGUCUGAUGUCGAAAUUAAGGUCUUGGCAGCUGCUGCUUGGAAAUCAGGCGUUCAGGUCGGUCACAUGUGGGUGGGCAACGUGUAUUGUGCCCAUCAUCCUGAAAGAGAAGCUUUCAUGACGGAAGCUUUCCAGCUGUGUCACUCAUGGUCCCCGAAUGUUUGGACUCUUGUGGGUGAUUUCAAUGACACCCCUGAGGAAUCGCCUUUGGCCUUUGGCCUUACCUCUUCAGGUUACAGCUCUUGUUUGCCACCUCCUGGGGUUAGCAGUAGAUGGGAAAGCCAACGGGUCAUCGAUUUUGCGAUUUGCAACGGUACUAUCUUGGACUCCACUUUGAAGAUGUGCCCCGAACGUUACAGUGAUCACAAAGCUUUUUACUUUGACGUCAAAGCUGAAGGUGCAGAUGGGGCUCUUACUAAGGUUGUGAUGGUUCCAGCAAACGUGUAUUUGCCUCAAGAUACCGACCGAGGUAUCGAUUGGACAGAACGCCUGGCGGAUGCCUGGCAACAAAAUAGACAAGUUUGGCAGGAAAUUAAAGUGAAAGCUGAACAAGAAAUCCGCGAAGCCGACAACAUGUCAGAAGCGGUCAAACAGCAUAAAAGUGAUCGAAUUUGGGACCACCUGAAUUUGUUACUCGAAACGUUUCUUCAGAAACAGGCUCAGUGGGCUCAGGAACAUGAGUUGCCUAUGCGGCCCUACAGAAAAGCUAAACGGGCCAAGGGGUCCAUCCCCACUUUUCGUCACGUCCCUUUGGUCAUCCACCAACCCCACGCUCCGAAUGACUCAAAUCAGCUUCGCACUAGGAUGCGGUUGUGGGGAAGGCUCAGUGAGGCCGAGAGAAGACAGCAUCAUGACAACGCUGUUGAGAAUUCUAAGGAUCUUCAAAAGCUUUGGAAGCGCAUCCGCAGAUGCCCUCUGUACCAAGCAGGAAUGACUGCCAAGGAUGCCGAAACUGAGGUUCAGCGUCAAACCGAUGCGAGCCGGCAGCGCAGACUUAGCAAUUGGAAGGUUCGCUUGCAGCAAGAGAACGCUCAGGUCUUUCGAUGGGUGCGGUCCUCCGAAUCGGCACCCACUGUUACCUUGUAUGACGACGAAGUCGAUCCUGAUGACCCAGCUAGCAUGGACAGCUCUGGUGCCUUGGUCAAAAUCGAAUCCUUUUGGCAGAGAGUUUGGAACCGUGACAAUAGCGAUGCUUGGACUCCGCAGCAAUAUCUUCGUGAAUAUGGCGGGGCCCCUGAAGUCGAAGAAAAUUGGAGCCCUGUUUCUGCGCAGGCUCUUAGUGCCUCGGCUGCUAGACAAAGACACCGAGCCGGGGGCCCUGACGGCUGGACUGGCAGCGAAAUGGCAGCUUGGCCUUACAACAUGUGGGCUGACCUGGAAUUUGUGGUGUUUCAAGCCUGGGAGCAGCUGGGAUGUUUCCCAAAGUGCUGGCACUUCAUGACACAGGUGAUGCUUCCCAAAGGAAACGGUCAAAGGCUCUCUGACAGCGCCACCCCGACCAGCAAACUUCGACCAAUAAGCCUCAUGUCUUGUUGGUGGAGAAUUUAUGUGAGUGCCCGCUUAGAUGGGGACAUCGAAAGACGUUGGUUGGAAUCGCAUUUGUUGACUACCCAGGCUGGAGGUAGGCAGCCUACCAAGCGUCAAGAUAUGAUGCAGUUAGAAGAGCUGUGCAAUGGAGUGACUGAAAACCUUUUUGCCUUAGGCGCUGCUAUGGGUUUUGGGUCCAUGCUGCCUAAGGAACAAGGCCGCAUCGAAAAGGCAAUGGCUUGUGCUGCUAAGGUUCGUUUGGCUCCUAUCUCAGCAGCUCGAAGAUCGUUUGUUGGCGCACUUGCCGCAGGUAGCAAAGCAACUUACGGGUGGUUGGUCCGUGCUCCCCCUGGAACCGGGCUCAUGUCUAAGUUGGAAACUCGUCUCCGAAGGGUGGGCUACUGCCAUCGCAUGUCCUCUCCUGCGCUCAUUAGGUUGGUGAUGGGUCACCCAGUGGACAUUCAGUUUCAAUCUGGUGCGGCGCUCAUCGGUGCGGUUCAUCGCACUGUUCGUCGGAUCCGAAGAAUCUUCAGUGAUUGGGACCUCUCUGGAGGUGCAGGUACGGUGGCAACUAAGGUGGUAGUGCUUUGCGGGUGGUGGGCCCUCUGCUGCGUGGUGCAGCGGAAUGGUGAGAAGGAGAACGAGUUCUACCUUGGGGGCAUGCGCAACCCAGAUGUAUCAGUCUCCAAGCUGCACAUGGUGGCCAGCGUGGGCAUGGACAUCAGCAGAGCGUGGAACAGGUUCAUCAAGGACAACCCGAAGGCCCUGGACAUUGCAGCGACUUAUGGGGGGCCUGACUGCAAACCCGACCUGGAGACGGCCAACAACUGGAGGGCUGCUUUGGAAAAGAUGCUGAAGGCCAAGGAGUUCGAGGACGUCAUCAUCAGGGAGGACUAUGAGUUCCGAACCCCGCUCAACACCAAGUUGCUGGCGGCCUGGCAAAGGGCGACCCGAGACCCGGAGGUGUAUGUGGUCGAUUGGGCGCGUCGUGGGGUGCCCUUGGGCAUGAACAAGCGCAUCGACACUUGUGGCAUCUUUCCGGCAGCCCGGGACGAGUACAUGGAGCAUGGUGAUGCACCGCCCCUCGAGCUGAUGGAAAACACCCGUAACUACACCAGCUUCUACGACCUGAUGGAUGCGGCCAAGGAGGAAAUCGGCCGAUAUGUGGACAAGGGUUUUGCCAUCGUCAGGGACAUGGAUUGGAUCGCUGACAGAUUCAGCUCAGGCACGGUUUCCAGAAUGGGGCUCAUCCAGAAGAUCAAGGACGAUGGGAGAGUGAAGAACAGGGUGGUGGUUGACAUGCUCCGCUCUGGCGGAAACUCAAGGAGCUCAGUGCCUGAGAGGUUGAUCCUUCCUCGCGUCCAGGACGUUUUGCAGGGCGCAAGGAGGCUGUAUUCAUUCCAGGACGACCUGAAGGCAUUGGCAGAACGAGAAGGCCAAUUCAUCCUGUACACGGCGCUGCUCUUCGGCUUCAAGGCAGUCCCACUUCUCAUGGCCAGGUUGGCGGCGAUGUUCACGCGCUUCCUGCAGAGCCUCUUGGCAAAGGGCGAGGGCGUCAUUCAGACCUACAUGGAUGACCCGCUGAUCUUGUUGGCGGGCACGGACGCCAGGAGAAACCGCACCCUGGCCUUGCUGCUCUACAGCAUGUGGGCGCUGGGCAUCAACAUCGCCUAUCACAAGGGCGAACGAGGCCUUCGAGUGACAUGGAUUGGGGUCGUCUUCGAGCUGGACUUGGAGCGGGAGGUGCUCAAGCUGACGGUGUCCCGCAAAAUGGCGAACGAGCUUCAUGAGAAGCUGAAAUCCUGGGAAACAGGCAUGAUCAGCCUGAGAGACCUCAGGGCGACGACCGGAAGACUCAGCUGGUUGGCCGGGAUCCUUCCAAGAUGCAGAUGGGCCGUUUCCAUUCUCUACGCCGUGGUGGCAGCAGCCGAGAAAGACGCAAGAGACGGAACGGAGGAAGCGAGGGCGGCCAACAGGCCAUCGGAUCAGAGGCCAAAGCCCUUCCUGGUCCCCGCCGCCCGGGUCAAGUUGCCACGCCAAUGGCUCGUGACGUUCCUGGAGCGGGCCGAGCAGUUUAUGCUGCGUACAGAGGCGUUCUACCCCAUGCACCCGGACUUGGCCAUCAUCACGGACGCUUCUCCCCAAGGUGUAGGAGCAAUCCUCUGCUACGUCAACUUGGGCCGUGGGGAACUUAUCCCAUGGGCAGCAAUGGAAGCCCCAGUGCGCAAGGAAGACACAGACUGGCUGGGGCUGGAGUUUGGUGAGGCCUCAUCACAAGGGGCCCUCGAAGCAUGGGCAGUGCUGCUGGCGGUGCGUAUGUGGAAAACCCGCCUGCGGCAAGUGCCACUGCUCAUCAAGUCCGACUCGACGGUGGCGCUGGCAAUCGCACAGAAGCUGUCCAGCCCCUCCCCCACAGUCAAUUGGGUAGGGGCGGAACUGGCGUUGCGCCUCGAGUGGCUGGACGUGCCCAAGCUCAUCGUGCACCACCUGCCGGGGCGCUUCAAUGUAGAGGCGGACUGGCUCUCGCGACCCCACGAGCGCCCAGCCGAAGUGCCGUGGGCGUUGCGGGGAGUCAAGAUUCAGAAAUUCGAAGGGGAGGCCAGGCGACGUUCUCAAGUGCCGCCCCCCGGUGUUGCCCCCCAGAUGUGGGGUGCCAAAUCUGAGACCAUCUUGCAAGCUUUCGAGUGUAGGCAUCAAGCUUGCAUGGCCGCAGCCAUUUGGGAAAUCCAGCAGCAUGGAGUUGGUAGCUACGGAGUCGCUACCUGCCACGGCCGACAACGACUGGCCAUGGGCGCUCCUUUUCGUGCUGGUGGGUUGGAUGGGCCUUCUAAUGGCCCUAUGCAAGGGCUGCUGCAAGCUCUGCCUGACAUUACAGGCCACGCGCAGAGCAAUGGAGGGAGGCCGGGCGUGGAAAGAUCAGACAUGCCCUUGCUGCAGUACAUGUGUGGGGAAGCCUUCUCGUUCCACCCAAACCUCACCGGUGGCAGCAAGAGGCCGAGAGGAGGACCCUUGGCCAAAGCAAAGGUCAACAACACCAGAAAGGCGCUGCACAUACCCAACUCACAAAGGCAGCCCAGACCUCGUCAAGGCCAUGGCAUGCAGGGCAAGGCCGAUCAUGUUGGAUAUGGGGAGAGAGGCCUCAAGGCCACAUGCGGCGCACCCAAGUUGUCCAGCUGGACGAUGACAGGGGCAGUUAACGUGGACCCCAUGAAGUGGGAAGGGGUCAAGGAAUCGAAUAACAGGCCCAGAGAGCAGGAGACGGAAGGGAGCGGUGAGGGUCAUGGACGAGCUGAAGGUGCUCCCAGGGCAGAUGGUAGAAGAAAAGGCUCUAUGGAAAAGGCCUUCGAAAUAGCAAGCAACAGUUCGGACUUCAGGAAGGCUGUGGAGGGCCUCACAAAGAACUUUUGGGCCAAAAGUACCACCGCGGUCAAGAGGUCGCGGAGACAGGAGGUGCUCAAGUUGGCCGAGAUGGUUAUGGGGCGGCUCCCAGUCUUCCCCCUAACAAAAGGGGGGGUAGAAGGCGUAGCAGCGGCAUUAAAGGCAGCUGAACUGGCUUCUGGGGACCAGUAUCUCAACGAGCUGAAGCUGAUGCACGUGGAGGCAGGUCACCCCAUCGAGGCCUGGCUGAUGAGGGUGCUGGCGCUGUGCAAGAAAUCGCUCACAAGGAACAGAGGCCCUGUGAAAAGAGCCCCGGAGGUGACGCUGGAAUCUAUACCAUGGACGGCCUGGAGUUUAAGGGGAGGCCAUAAAGUGCCGUUGGCCACGUUGGCCUUUGCCUGGGGCGUGGCUUGGAUGCUCCGGGUGAUCGAGCUCUCACGAGUCAAAUGGGAGCAUGUCUCAUGGGACAUGGUCAAAAGGACCGUGAGGCUGUAUAUCCCGCAGUCCAAGGCGGACCAACAGGGCCUCGGAGUGGCUAGGACGCUACAGUGCUGCGGUGAAUCGCCCUGCUGGAGGGGGUGUGCAUGGUCCCUUCUGGUCAAGCUGAGACAACUUCGAGGCCGACUUGCUGCAGGCGAUGGUAACGGCGGGAUGUUCCUGAACAACAAAGGCUCAACGCCGACAAAGAAGGAAAUGGUGGACAGCUGGAAGGAGCUGUUCAAGGUAGAUGUUGCCGGCCACUCGGCCAGACGCACGGGAGCUAUGGCGUACGUGCGGCGGGGCAUGUCCAUCAGAGACCUGGCCUACUUGGGCAGGUGGAAGUCGUCGGUCGUGUUAGUGUACGCGGAGGAGGCGCUGGAAUCCACACCGGCAAACAGAAGCCUCAAGGCCCCGGAAACACAACGACCGAUGGUGCAGAAGGAGACGCAAGAAGCUGGAGACAGAACCCCGGCUAGGCAGCGUGCGCAAGUUGAAGAAGCUCCUUGCCCGCUGGUCAGACCCAAAGCAAACUCGCUAUGGGUGAGGUCCACAGAAAGGGGUGGCAACGGCCCAUUGCAUCUGGUGGAGAACGCCGAUUGGAGCAUCCCCAUGUUCCAGUGGACCUCGGCAUGCGGAUGGGCAUUUGCAAAAGCCUCAGCACACGUGGCCUUUGUCACGAACCCUGGGUUUUCGUCCACAAGAUGCAGGAAGUGUUCGACCAUGGCAAAGCUGCGCGACGAGGUCAAG